AUUUCAGCAGGAAGUCAGCUGAAAUGUCCAAAAUGGCCCGCCGUCAGGUGCGCCUGUAAGUCACGCCCUGCGCCGUGAGGAGGAUGGUUGCCAACUAUAGCCUCGUUGGUGGAGCUUGCUAGCACCAGAGGUUUUAAAACCAAAACAUGACGGCGACCCGCGCCAAAUCCAGCUUUCUGCGUGUCUGCGCCCUGACCUUUUUUACCUACCUGUUGUGCUCCACCUGCGCCGGAAUGGUGACCGGGCGGAAGACGGCCUCCCGUCACCCGACGCUGAAGCGCAGUCGGCGGAGUCACCAGAGCGCGAAGGACCAAGGAGCGCACCACUGGCCGCUGACGGAUGAGCAAAAAGCGGAUCAGAAUCUGCAGUUUAUGCUCAGUUUGUACCGCAGCGCGGCCGAACCGGACGGCAGGCCCAAGCAGCACCGGAAGUUCGGCUCCAACACUGUGCGCCUGCUGAAACCCGCGGCGUCGUCGGUGCGCCUCGUGCCGACGUCAGCAGACCUCUGCUACAUCUUUACUGUACAGUACAAACUGGACACUCUUCCCUCAGAGCAGCUUGUCAGAGCUUCUUUCGUCCACCUGCGUUCCUCUACCACCUCUACAAGCUCAGACCGCAUCCAGGUCGUGGAGCCGCCCCUCUGCCGUGCUCAGAUCACCUCGCUAGGAGGCAAUAGCCUCGUCACCCUGGAGCCCCAUGAGCGGUGGACGGAGACAGACAUCACCGCACACAUCCGUGCUCACAUCCUGCAGGGGAAGGAUCAGGGCGAGGGGGGUCAUUUGACCCUGACCGCCCAGUAUUGGUGCACGGAACCUGGGCUUGGCGAAGAGGACGGCGGCCCCAUGUGGUGGUGGACUCCCCAUCGAGGGAGGAAACAAUGGAGCAGCGAGCCUCACCUGGAAGCCCCCUCUCUUCUUCUGUACCUGGAGGAGGAGAGGGAGGUGAAGGAGUGGAUGAAGGACUUGUUUGGGGUGGAAGGGGAAAAUGUCAUGAGGGAAGCCAGUUGGUGGCAUCCAACUAUUCGACGUCGCCGCAGCAGCAAACAGAACUCCUCAUCGGAGCCAAAAGAUCCUUUACUGGACGUUCUGAAAAUCGCUCCUCCUGCUUCUUCCUCAUCCUCUACCUCUGCCUCCACCUCAGCCGCCAUCGCCUCCAACCGACCCAGCUACAGACGCAAAACCAGCAGGCCAAAGAACCGCUGCAAGCUCCACUCGUUCCGCCUGUCGUUCAGCGAGCUUGGCUGGGGCCACUAUUUCAUCGCCCCACAAGCCUACAACCCUCGAUACUGCCAGGGCGACUGCCCCAGGAUCCUCCACUACGCCUACCAUUCCCCUUAUCACGCCAUCAUCCAGACGCUCAUCAACGAGCUGGGCAUCGGAGACGUACCUCCUCCAUCCUGUGUGCCUUACAAGUACACGCCCAUGAGCGUGCUGCUGGUGCACAACAACAAGGUGGACUACAAGGAGAUGGAAGACAUGGUGGCAGAGUCUUGCACGUGUCGUUAAGGAUUCAAGGUGGACCUGAAUAACUGAGAAGAGACGGACCCAGCCAGUUUUGUCAGGUCAUAUAUUUGAUCCUGGACUUGGAGGAUGGUCUGAGCUCAGGACGGAGAGGAAGGAGUUAUUGUAGUUUCAGAUCUUUACAGUUCCUGUUAAAGCACUUUAAAGGCAAUUGCUGUGUAUUCUCUUUCUUUUGUUUUGUUUUUUGUCUCCUGUCUUUUAAACCAGACCUGUGUUUCACAUCAGGGCUGCAGGUCAACCAUAAAAACCUUGAGAUGUGCGUAAGAAGGAAGAUCUUUUGGAUAAUGUUACCACUGUUUAAAGCCAUGAGCAUCUGUAAAUGAUGAAUGAUGAAGGGGGGGUAUUUUAAUAGAUGAAGGGUCAGCCAUGUUGGAUUUCACCAUUCAGGUUUUGCAACAGUUACAUAUUUGCUGUAUACGAUCUGUACUUUUGCAGUUUGUACGUGUUUAUGAUAAGAGGGGUCUACUUAAAACCUUGUGCUGCUACUGGCCUGUCUUAAAGAAGAAAAGUUCACAGGAAAGUGGCCAGGUGUGACAAUGUUGAAUGUUUAGAAAACGGAUGUUGUGGGGGGAAAGAAUGCAGUUUUUUAUUACAAAUGAAGAUAUAUAAUAAAAUAAAAUGCAUAUUU